CACGCCCCUCAAAUGCACCUAUCCUGUGUUGCCUCCCGUUGAACUACAUUUCCCACAAGUCCACCAAACUCGCCCUUGUAAACUCGGCUUUGCUUACCUCUUGUGUCACAGCAGAUACUAAACAGCAUGGAAGGGUGUCAGCCCCUCAAAGUCACAGUUGGAGCAAUGGAAGGGGAAAACUGUGUUUGACAGUCCCCUGUGGAUCAAGUAAAGUUGGCAAUAGACCGUUAUACGAAUUUUAUACUAAUAGAAUAGUAAACGAAACUUUGCAUUGUGAGGCGUAACUAAAGAGUCGUUAGAUAGCAAUCUGGCAGCUAGCUUGCUAACCUGCUAGCUAUCGUAGUGGCUUAGGUAAAAUUAGCAAACAACUCAACUCAGUUGGAGCACCCGGUAUUAUAACUGGCCGAAUUGCACUACGUUGUAAUCUAAAUCCAGGACGGACUUAGAAGCGAAACUUCAAAGGGACCCACAAGUGCUAUCAAAUUCCUGGUGAGCGGCCAUCGUGUGCCCACCCUGAGGCGGAUGUCCGCGUGCCACCCUGAGUGUGGGUGUGCAUGAGCGGCAGGGAGGGGGCAUGGGGAAUGGGGUGCAGGAGCGCCAGGCGGCACUGAGACAGGGUGAGGUGCUGCCCCUGCCCUCCUCCUCCACCGCCGGCCAAUCAGAGGGUUUUAAACAGGGUCGCACCAUCAUCAACUCCCUGCUGUCAGGAGCCUUUGCUGGUGCUGUGGCCAAAACAGCUGUAGCCCCUUUGGACAGAACCAAGAUUAUCUUCCAAGUGUCUUCAGCGAGAUUCUCUGCCAAGGAGGCCUACUGGCUGAUCUACCGCACCUACCUGAAGGAUGGCUUCCUUAGCUUGUGGCGAGGAAACUCUGCCACCAUGGUCCGUGUCAUCCCCUAUGCUGCCAUCCAGUUCUGUGCCCAUGAACAGUACAAGAGGCUGCUGGGUGGUUACUAUCAAUGUCAGGGCAAGGUCUUGCCUCCGGUGCCACGGCUGUUAGCAGGCUCUCUGGCUGGCACCACUGCGGUGUCACUCACAUACCCGCUGGACAUGGUGCGCGCCAGAAUGGCCGUCACACCCAAAGAGAUGUACAGCAACAUCAUGCACGUGUUUGUGCGGAUCUCGCGUGAGGAGGGGCUGAAGACCAUCUACCGGGGCUUCUCUCCCACCAUACUGGGUGUGGUGCCCUACGCGGGACUCAGCUUCUUCACCUACGAGACCCUUAAGAAGCUCCAUGGAGAGCGCACAGGUCGUCCUCAUCCCUACUCCUACGAGCGGCUGGCGUUCGGGGCGUGUGCAGGGCUGAUUGGCCAGUCGGCCUCCUACCCGCUGGACGUGGUGCGGAGGCGCAUGCAGACGGCGGGCGUGACCGGGCACACGUACGGCACCAUCACGGGCACCAUGCGUGACAUCAUCGCGGAGGAGGGCCUGGUGCGGGGCCUCUACAAGGGCCUGAGCAUGAACUGGGUCAAGGGGCCCAUCGCAGUGGGGAUCAGCUUCACCACCUUUGACUUCAUGCAGAUCCUGUUACGGAAGUUGGGCUACGCGCCACGCUAAAGAA